AUGUCCAAUAAUUCUCUGGAUACGGUACCAGAAAAUACCCUGCGAUCUCGACAUUUGGCGAUCAAGCUCCUGGAAAUCUCUGUGCUGUUUGUCAUCACCGUCAUAUCUUUGGGAGGAAAUAUAUUAGUUUGCAUAACGGUUUAUCGAAAGCAAGUUCUACGGACCAUCACGAACAUGUUCAUAGUUGCGUUAUGCGUUGCGGACAUUCUGCUAGCGGCUUUUGCGAUGCCGCUAACUCUAGGUGUUUUGAUAGUAGACUAUUGGCCGUUCGGUGAUACGAUUUGUCAAAUUCAAGGCUUCAGCAUUCAUCUGUUGGUUUUCCAAUCACUUCAGAUCAUUACUUUGACGGCCACGAACAGAAACUUGAAUGUCGUUCGACCGUGGCUUUACAAGCGCAUUUUCACACGAUGGAAAACGUUACUUAUAAUCAUCGCCGUCAGCGUUUUGACAGCUGUUGUUUUGGGAAUUCUGGCUAUUUUUCUCUCCUCUAGAUAUGUAUUUCACCCUGGAAAAGUAAUCUGUGUCAUGACCUUCCCGACGAUCGACCACAGUUUUCGUUUUACGAUUGCAUUUAGUCUUCUCUUCGUCGCUUUUCCAACAAUCGUCAUUUUCUCGUGUUACAUACGAGUUCUGCGGACCAUAAAAAAUCAUCGUCGAGAGUACGACGCCUCACGAGGAGAACACGAUUCCAGAUCGGUUUUAAGCCGAGAAGAAGUGAAACUGUCCAAAAUAAUUUUCAUUAUUAUUAUAGGAUUCUUGUUUUGUUGGCUCCCUUGCGUUAUUAUAGACAUCAUCGACUCAACUCGCGCGGAAUGGUUUCCCCGUCAAUUGUACAUAUUUUACACAUUUUUGGCUUACACGAGCGCUGUCUUAAACCCCUGGAUUUAUGGGUUUAAUAAUAAGCUAGUUCGCAGAGAAAUGCUCUUUUUACUGACAAUGAUAUGUAGAGUUUGCCAUAUCUGUAGGUAAAAAAACGUGAAGAUUUUAUAUAUUUAACAGGUGGUUAUUUUGAAAAGAGUUUUAGUGUAAGAGCAUAUAAUUAUAUAGUGCUUUGUUAACAUUGUCCAGUAGCUUUUAUUUUGUUUUCUGUUUAUUGACGAAAAUACUGCAGACAUAGUCCACGUAUAAAGCUCGCGUGCUGAAAAAAAAACCACUUUGCCGCAGGUAAACACUAUUAAUAAACUAGGAACAUUUUAAUGAUAUUUAUUAAUUCAUGUAGUUGUUUUACAAAGUGUUUUGUUUUAUCCUAGUCAGUAUAGAAAAAACAAAAGAGAAGAGGCUAGAAUUUUUACAACUAAGAAAUUCAACGUAUAAAAAGAAGAUGUUUUAUAUGACGCUCAGUUAAUUUUUAUUUUAAGUUACAAGUCUGGACGAAUAACCAAUAUUUUAAUUGCAGCUAAAUGCUUUGUAGUCUUUGCAGAAGCUACAGGAAUACAAAAAACCCCUAAAGCCUUAUUUCCGCCCAACGUAGGCAGAUUUUAAAUUAAUUUUAUCACAAGGAUAAAUGAAACUAUUUCCAGUUGUAUUCAUAUUUAUAUUUUGUAGGCCACACAGAUAUUUCAUUCUCCACAGCCUGCCUAUUUAUCAAUCUACAUCAGUAUACAUGUACCCGCCUGAUCAUAAGACAACUCACGUAGUUCACGUCCGGUCAAUUCAAAAAAAGGAAUAAAGGCUCUCAUGCAUAUAUUUGUCACAAAUCGAUGUGUUUAUCUCCCACUUCUAACUCCCUUUCUUGCUUUAAAGAACAACAAAAGAGUCAAGAAAGUUCCAGAUUGGUAAACGUUUGGGCACGAAUCAAAAAUAACUUGACGCCAGACCCUCAGGCUUUUGUCUGCGUAAUUACGAGUGGUGCUUGUACUGAAUUUUAAACGGUUCACGCCAGAAUGCUAGUUGUUUUCGUUGAGUCAUGUAUAAUUUUUAUGUGCCAUGUGACGACUAGUAGUCAUUAUCGUCAGCUCGUUUCAGUCUAUCAAUUCAAACUGGUCAGGCCUGAGACAAAUUACAAGUUCUGAUCACGAAACGAAUUUUAAUCAUAAAUUUUUUGGAAGACGGUUUCUUAUUUAGUCCUCCUUAGGCCGACGAAAGACUGAGUUGCCAGGGAGGGCUUGUCGCUCUUCAGGCGAGAAAGCUUACAAGUUCUGAUCACGAAACGAAUUUUAAUCAUAAAUUUUUUGGAAGACGGUUUCUUAUUUAGUCCUCCUUAGGCCGACGAAAGACUGAGUUGCCAGGGAGGGCUUGUCGCUCUUCAGGCGAGAAAGCGGGAGAAAUAGAACCUCUUAGCAUUAAAAGGGAACAGCGGCAUUAUUGACCAUUAGUUUAACAUCCUAUAUCAGUUUGUCUUUACAUCUUAUUUUCCUCUUUAAUUCUGCAUAUAGGGAUCGGCAGGCUCUGCGGCAGGCAUUUAACUUCACAGCGGGCUAUGGUGUAUUUUUGUUUUCCUGAAAUCAAACCGUAUAUCCUCACUUUAGGCACCUAAUUAAAACACAGCGGUGUUUAUACCCACGUUGCCUACCAUCGGCGGAGAACACAGGUUGUUGCUGCUUUUCUCCUCUUAAACAGUUCCGCGCGAUUUGUCUUUGAACAGUCGUGACGUCACGCAUGGGGUUUUGUCCUCAGUUUUCUAGAACUCCGACUUGUUUAGAAGAUGCAGGCUGCCGACCUAAUUAGUUUCACAAGAAAAACAUAAACAGAAAUUCGUUGACAAAACAUAGUCGAGGGUAAUUAUUAUAUGGACACAUUCGACGUCGAUCCCGCUUUUGACCCACCUGAGAGCUGUUGCUUUCUAGUCACAUUUCUGGGAUACAUUUUAAAAUAUUUCUUUUAACUUUCUAUGGUUUAGUUUAUGAGCCGCUUGCUAUGUGAUCACGCCCAAACUGUCUGGAUUAAAAGCCCAGCCUCUCAGAAGAGUUAUUUGUGGUGUUCUUUUUUUCUUGUUCACGUCCGGUCAAUUCAAAAAAUGGAAUAAAGGCUCUCAUAUAUUUGUCACAAAUCGAUGUGUUUAUCUCCCACUUCUAACUCCCUUUCUUGCUUUAAAGAACAACAAAAGAGUCAAGAAAGUUCCAAAUUGGUAAACGUUUGGCCACGAAUCAAAAAUAACUUGACGCCAGACCCUCAGGCUUUUGUCUGCGUAAUUACGAGUGGUGCUUGUACUGAAUUUUAAACGGUUCACGCCAAAAUGCUAGCUGUUUUCGUUGGGUCAAAUAUAAUUUUUAUGUGCCAUAUGACGACUAGUAGUCAUUAUCGUCAGCUCGUUUCAGUCUAUCAUUUCAAACUGUCAGGCUUGAGACAUAUUACAAGUUCUGAUCACGAAACGAAUUUUAAUCAUAAAUUUUUUGGAAGACGGUUUCUUAUUUAGUCCUCCUUAGGCCGACGAAAGACUGAGUUGCCAGGGAGGGCUUGUCGCUCUUCAGGCGAGAAAGCGGAAGAAAUAGAACCUCUUAGCAUUAAAAGGGAACAGCGGCAUUAUUGACCAUUACUUUAACAUCCUAUAUCAGUUUGUCGGUAUAUCUAAUUAAAACACAGCGGUUUUUAUACCCGCGUUGCCUAUACCAGAAGAAAGAUGUGUAAAAAUUGUCAUCGGAGGAGAACACGGGUUGUUGCUUUCCUCCUUUUAAACAGUUCCGCGCGAUUUGUCUUUGUACAGUCGUGACGUCACGCUUGGGGUUUUGUCCUCAGUUUUCUAGAACUCCGACUUGUUUAGAAGAUGCAGGCUACCGACCUAAUCAGUUUCACAAGGAAAAUAUAAACAGAAAUUCGUUGACAAAACAUAGUCGAGGGUAAUUAUUAUAUGGACACAUUCGACGUCGAUCCCGCUUUUCACCCACCUGAGAGCUGUCGCUUUCUAGUCACAUUUUUGUGUAAAAUAUUUCUUUUAACUUUCUAUGGUUAAGUUUAUAAGCCGCUUGCUAUGUGAUCACGCCCAAACUGUCUGGAUUAAAAGCCCAGCCUUUCAGAAGAGUUAUUUGUGGUGUUCUUUUUUUCUUUCCUCUAUAAAUUGCUUCUUUAUUUGUCUCGUAAUUUUUUGGGAAGUUUUUCUCGUCAAUAAAUUAUUAAAAUUGUUGUUUCACACGCAUCAGGGUGGAAAAGAAAAAAAACAAAAAACAAAAGUUCAUCAAGCCUUCUUUCUAUCUGCCGUGGAUGUCAGAAGCAGUGGCCGAUCCAGACCUUCAGAUAAGGAGGAGGGGGCUGGUCCCCCCAAUUUUUUUGGUCUAAAAAAUAAGAGGGGCCCUACCCUGGAUCCGCCACUGAGAAGAUAAGCCUUAAAAAACGUCAUAGAUCGUGCAAUCUGAGCGAAAAACAUUGAUCAAAUUAAUGGACACUGAGCAGCUGACUGAGCAGCAAAACUGAUUUUUGUGCAAAGUGAUGCCGGCAUAUAUACCUAGCCACUAAGGCUCUCAGCGUGAUAGCACCCACCCAACGAUAUAAGAAGUCUUUGAAGUUUGUAGCCAUGUUUUAGUUUUGGCUGAACAUUUUUAGCUUCAUGCAUAUUUUAUGUGCAAAUCAGAAGAAAGAGUAAGAACUGCCUGUUUAUUCUGGCAAAUAAAACAAAAACAAAGCAAAAGAAUAAAUAUAAGAAGAUCAUGAAAAAGGAGAAAAACAAAAUCGUUGCUGUUACGUUUUCACCGCGAUCUGAUCGGUCUGCUGCUUUUUUAAAUAAAAAAUUGUGUCUUUUGCUGAUCCAGAUCUUUUAUCGAGAUCCGUCGCUGAUGAACAUGACCAUGAUAAGUUGUGGUUUUCAGAUAUGUUUCAGAAUUAAUUACCGUUGGCUCCCGUGGCAAAACAUUGACGACUUAUCAUGAGUAAAUAAUACACGAGCGUUACCAGACUGUCCAACCUUUUGAGUAAGUGAAAUCGGGAUAUUCUUCAAUUACCAAAGAAUCGCGCGAGUGCUGAAGGCGCGAGUCGUUAGUGGGAGGCGGGGGUCGGGGUUGUAGGUGCAUGCUCUCCCAGAAAGUAUUGAAAUCUUGGUGCUCUGCAUCGCCAUUUUAAGUCUGAGAGAAAAAAUUUCUGUCUAAAAUGUUCGCUAAAAAACAAUAGUCAUUUGUAUGCCUAUUUAUGUUUACGUGUCUUCGAGUACAAGUGCUGCAGAAUCCGGGAGCCCGUUUUUUUGGAUAUCAGUUGUAGGUCCCGUUGUAGGUAUACUCUGUGUUCUUGUGUAAGUAUCAUAAGAAUUCAUAUGAAAUAUCAGAACAGAUGUCAAAAUCGGGAUUUUUUCCUAUCCCGAUCGCAUUUUGGUCAGGAUGGGAUUUCAAGUAAAAUCGGGGAAAUCCCGACGAGAUCGGGAAAAUACUGCAGAGUUCUUACCAGACCGCGGCAUUGCCGCACAUUUUCGGGAAAUGCCACGCACUACAAUUAGCGUAAAGGGUCCCAAGGGCGCAAAGAAGGUUAAAAACCUGUUACAAAACGUACGUAAACAUACGUACACAUACGUACAUUUCCUUAUAAUAUAAGCCAAAAUUAUAUUGGUUAUGGCGUCUUUAGAAAACACUCAUCAUUUAUAGAAGGUCUCAAUGGGGUUAACCGAUAGGCGUAAAACGGCCAAAAAUUUAGCCGAUAGCCGUAAAAAUUGAACAAUUUUAACCGUUAGCCGUAAAUAGGGUAUAAAGAGUUAACCGUAACAGAAAGUGUUACCUAGAUUUGCUACGUUUAAGGAAGGUACUAAACUCACUUAUGGUUGCGUUUUUUAUUUCCCGGCUAGUGUGACUCCGUACGCACGUUAGGUGAAGCGCCUCAACCAAGACCUUGGCUCCAUCCGGCGCUCUCUCGGGGAACUAAUUUUUUCCAUAGUGAAAGUGUGGCUUCUUUCCGGAGGUCAUGCCCUCGAAACACUAGUGAAACAACACGCAGAGAUGUCACUGUUCGUAAAACACGUUGCCGAUAAACAACAUUCAGUCCCUGUUUUUCUCUGACGCUACGGUAGACAUUGCCAUGCCUAGUCCCUGUCCGGCGUCUUCCCACGCAAUCUUGGUCAAGGCAUUUCGGUGGCGAUUUCGCUCGGACCACGUGACCCGAAACGCAUUAGCCGCGCAGAAUAAUGCGGCCUACGGACAAGGCAACGGCAGACAGUCGUUCCGUACAGUCCUUCGCUAUCAUUAAAAACACUGGACAUGAGAAUUUUGUUAUUGGCCGUUUUCACACUAGAGCUAGAAAUGGAUCAUCCGUCUGAGACUAGCCUGUGUACAGUCGCGUCCUCCCCACAGAAACCCCUUGUCCGAUUUUUUCUGAGGGGAGGGGGCGGCUGUACACAGGCUAUCUGGAACGGAUAAUCCCGUCUUCAAAAGUCGGGCGGAUUGUUCAUUCAAAAUUAAAACUAUUCCAUUUUCAAAUUAAGACAUAUUACCUAUCUGACGCGAAUCAUCAAACGGAUAACCUGUCUCACACGAAUAAUCCUUCUCUAGUGUGAAAACGGCCAUUUCUGUUAUGAAUGUCGCGCCCCGGCCUUGAGUUGGGCGUUCGUGUGUCUGCUUUUGCUUUUUCUCAAAGAUUAUUUUUAAAUUGACUAUAAAAUAAUACUAGAAGUGCAAUACUUUAUAAAAAAUAUAAUCUAUCAAAUGUUAAAAUUUUUCAAAAGAAAAGCUUAUUUCAUCCCGAGAUGAUCCGAAGACCUUUUAUUUAAAAAAAAUACAGGUUAAUUAAUAUUUAACUUUUUGAAACAAAAGAAGUUUUAAAAUUUUUAACUUUUUCGUUAACCGUAACUGAAAAAAAUUAACCGAUAGCCGUAAAAGAGCCAAAAUUUUAGCCGAUAACCGUAAAAGCCACCACCUCAUUGAGACCCUCUUUAUACUGCGCUUUUUAACAACAUGCCAAUUCUGAAGUUCAAAAGCCAACUGACGAUUGCGUUUUUCGCUGCCGCCAAUCUUCUUUACGGACCUCUUAUUUAGGAAACAAAACUUUACUUUGACGGGUUCAAAAGGUCAUCGUUUGUGACUUUCGAUUCGUUUUGUGUGUUUCUCUGUGUUUCAAGGUUCGUUGCUUGUGAUCGUAAUUAUGAUUGACGGCAGCGAAAAACGCAAUUGUGCAGGCGGCUUUUGAACCUUAGAGUUCGCAUGUUUGUGAAAAGCAAGGUAAAACGUUGAUUUAUCUAUCUCUCGGUACCAUCAUUAGAAAAAAACUGAGAAAAUGGAAGUGAAGAGGAUAACGAGCAAAAGGAAGAAAAAUGAUCGCGUGGAUCUGGGAACUAAACAGGAUCCGCCAUUUUUGACUAAAGUCCCUGGAAACGGGCGAAGUAGCUUUGUCCUACGUGUGAACUACGUGUGUAUUUGACCGACCAGUAGCGAUUUUUUCAAUACAAACACGUCAUGGCUUCAAACGACGGCGAAGAUUCCCAUACGAAGGGAAAGACCAUUAAGGAACGACUUAAGAUGAUGCUCAAUAACGACGUCAUGAGCGAUGUCACGUUUGUGAUCAAAGAUGCAAUGGAGGACGCGGUUGUAUUCAAAGCUCACAAGUUUGUGCUCGCUGUAAGCAGUCCAGUGUUUUAUGCCAUGUUUUACGGCAGACUUUCAGAGAGAAAAGACAAAAUCGAGCUGCCUGACUGUGACUCUGAGAGCUUUCUUGAAUUCCUUCGGUUUCUGUAUUGUGAUGAAGUUAACCUCACUGGGAGUUCGGUGUUGCAAGUUUUAUACUUGGCAAAGAAGUAUAUAGUGCCGCAAUUAGAAGUAGCUUGCUCGACGUUUUUGACCGAAAACCUCUCUUCUGAAAACGUUUUUGAUAUCCUUCCUCAUGCAAAGAGUUUCGAGGAUGACGAGCUUGUUGCUCGUUGCUGGGAAGUUGUGGAUGUCAGCGCUCAAGAAGCGGUGAAAGCGGAGACAUUUCCAUCAAUAACAAAAGAACUCCUCGUUGAAGUCAUCACACGAGAUGGGCUUUCAAUUCACGAGAUUGAGUUAUUCCAAGCUGUAGACCGCUGGGCUGCUGCGGAAUGCGUUAGAAAAGAUCUUGAACCCACAAAGGACAAUAAGAGGAGAGUAACAGGGGAAGAUAUUAUAAACAAUAUUCGCUUUCCUCUUAUGACUCAAGCACAGUUUGCACGAGAGGUCCCUCGCUCUGGUCUCCUCCCCAAAGACGAAAUUAUUGAGUUAUUUAUGUGGUUCAGCUCAGUGUCAAUAAGUAAUCCUAAAUUCAUCAAACGACCAAGAAUGUUAUACACUCAUUCAUUUUCGCGCUGCAAGAGAUUUCCCCAAGUUAGUCAUGGUUGGGGCUACUCUAGUGGAAUACCUGAUGGCUUGGUAUUUUCAGUAAAUACCCCAAUUGUUAUGCGUGGCGUGCGGCUGUUUGGGAGUCGGGGGUAUUCGUAUGAAGUCUCCCUCAAGCUGUACUCAUUAGUUCAAGGAAGAAAUGAAAGCGAUCAAGAGUUAUUUUCAGUGGAAGGCUGCUUUACGACUGAUGCAGAAUAUACUGAUGGUUAUUAUGGCUUUGAUGUUCUGUUUGAUCGCCCUGUUCAUCUUGAAGCAGGUGUGCAGUAUAGGAUUUGCGCCAAUAUCUCAGGCACAAGUUCAUGGUAUGGUUCCAGUGGGUUGAAUACGGUUGAGUGCGAUGGUAUUUGCUUCAAGUUCAAUGGUCAAACCAGUCCAAAUGGUACAAAUGAUUCAGGGGGGCAGUUUCCACAGAUCUUGUUUCACGAAUGCUGA